AUUCCAAGAAAUUUAAAAGAAUUAGGUUAUCAGAUAAAUGAGAAGGGACAAUUCCUUACAUUAGAAGGAGAAAUUUAUAACUUUGAUGUAAAAGAAAGAUCAUAUAAUGAAGCUUUAUAUGAUGUUAUAAUUGAACUUUUGAUGGAAUGGGUCGAAGAAAGAUUACAGAAUGAUUUUGGAUUACAAAAAAUCUUGCUGCCUAUUAAUGCAACAAAAGAUGAUAUUCAUAGCAAAAUAUAUGUUAGUCCAGAUUAUCUUGAAAAUGAUAAAAUGAUGAUUUUUAUUCCUGGAACAGCUAAUAUGAUUGGAUGUUGGUCGAGAAGAGUUAUGAUUGAUGUAUCAAUUAAUGAUGGAUCAAUGAUCUCAUAUGUUAAGCGAGCAAGAGAAAUGGGAUUUUCAGUAAUAAUUGUUAAUCCUAAUGAAGUAUUUUGGUAUAAAGGAAAAGCAGUAGUACGAAGUGAGACACCAGAAUCUCAUACCAACUAUGUUUUUGAAAAUUUUGUCAUACCAUCAUCCGCAAAUAAAAUUUUUAUUGUUGCUAAUAGUUAUGGAGGACAUUGUGCUGUUGAUGUCAUGCAAAACUUUUUUGAAUUGUUGAAAAAUAGAGUAAAAGGAAUAGAAUUUACAGAAACAACACAUUCAAUUGAUUUUGUCAAAACUAUACUUGUUAGAUAUUGGAUCAUCAAAAAUUGUAGGAAUUGGCUUAUGUCUAGUGAACCAGCAGGAAGUGAAAUACGCGAUAGCAGAUUUGGAUGUAUUUCUUUUUCAUCUGGAGCUGAAAAUAAUGAAUUUGUGACAUAUGAAGUUAUUGAUAGGGUUUUUGAACAUGUUGCUAAGAAAUUGGAACAGUUAGAAAAUGGAGCCACAGAAUCUAAUGAUGAAAAUGAAGAAGAUAUAGAGGAUGAGUAUUUGAAUGAGCCAAGUUUUUUCCAAAAUACAAUAAUUGAUGAUGUACAAGAUAAAUUAGCAGAAGCUUUAAAACCAAUUGAUUUAGAAAUUAUCAAUGAAUCAGAUUUACAUGCUCAUCAUCAAGCUAUGAAAGAUGUUAGUAGUAAUGAAACACAUUUUCGCGUAAAUAAACUUAUGGAAAGACAUAGAUGGAUAUAUCAAUUACUUGGCGAAGAAUUGAAAAGGGGAGUUCAUGCUUUAUCAAUUAAAGCUAAAACACCAAAAGAAAUAAAUAAAGAGAAUUGA